AUGUCUACACUGGCUUCUUCCAAGCUACUGAACGCGUUCGACGCGUUGAAGGAGUCCGUCAGGGCUUUCUUCCCUCUCAAGGCCUCGUGCCACACUUCUCCGGUAUCCCCCAUCACGCCACACACGCGGCCGGACGCGUCGACUGACACGAACGGCGAAAACGCGUCGGUGCCACACUUGUCGGGGGCCGUCGUUGUCGCGUCUGUUGGUCUCGGCCAUACUUCCUCCUCCAACCUAGGCCGCCACCAACAAUUCCUCAGGCUUCUGCACGUCGCCUACCCCUCGCCGUCCACGCUCUUCCCUGUCCCGGUGCUCAACAACGUCGAGGUGGCGUUCGACUUGACCAUAGACGAAGACAGGCCACGACUCAACGCGACCAGGUCUACCGCACGGCUCUCCUCGACAUCCUCGGAUACCAACGACGCUGAGCAGCCGAGGACCGUGGUCAGUGUCGGCGGGAAUGUCGCCCCUUCAUCUCCGCGUCUCUCCGGCCAGUCGUCCUCGUCCUCCGACUCUGACCCUCCCUUCGAGUGCUUCACUCCGGCGCUCGCCACUGACGUCCAACUGCACAAUGAAGGGAAGGUCGCCGCUUCGCAAGCACCCCUUCUCCUUGACGUCCCCUCACCGACGAACGGCAGCAGCUCGAUGCAUGCGCACAAUGUGGCACCUCAGGAACACACGCCCUUCGUAUGCGACUUCUACGACGGCCAAGACGACCAGGAGAGCUCCGCCGAGCCACUCAUUGCUGAUGCCACGGAUGGCCAGAACGGAGACGCUGUGCUGCAGGCCGAAGACGAAGACACCGCCAAUGAAGCUGCGCAUGAUCGCGAAUCCGACGCCGACUCCGGGGACGAGGCAACUGCUGGCGAGGCCGUGGAGCCGCUCGACGGGGUGUUCGACUCGGACUCAUACACGGACGACGAGCCGCAGGGACCCCUCAUUUUCACCAGCCCAUACACUGGCACCCGGUACACGGUCAAAGGUGUCAUCGGAUCUGGCGGCUUUGGGCGUGUCUCCGAAGUCACCACCGACGAGAAGCAGCGGUUUGCGGUGAAGGUGAUCCACAAGAGGGAGGCGUACAAGAGUAUGCCCGUAACGCGCGAGCUGCUUCUGCACGAGAAGAAGAUCAUGGCCGCUAUAGCGUAUGCUCGGUGCCCGGGGAUGAUGGGGCUGUUCGAAAGCUGGGAGGACAAGGACAACGUCUACUUCGUGAUGGAACUGUGUCGAACCAACUUGUAUACCUACAUAGCCUCCAAGGCUAAGUGGGUUAAAGAUGACCCCAGCCGCACGGAGUGGGACUGGGACGAUAUGGACGUAGAGGAGAAGUUCUACUGUGCGGAGAUGCUCGCUUCGGUGCGGCGCCUACACGGCGUCAAAAUCGUCCACAGAGAUAUCAAGCCAGAGAACAUCCUCCUUGACCGUCACGGCCGAUGCAUGAUCGCGGACUUCGGCCUGGCGCUGCGCGGCUCGGCAGAUCGCCCUGUUGAGGAGGUCGUGUCGACCCACGUGGUCGGUACUCACGAGUAUUUCGCGCCCGAGCAGCAUGUGCCAGACCUCGAGCACGGCUACAAGGUAGACAUCUGGCAGCUCGGCUGCGUCUGGAUCGAGCUCCUCGGGGGCCUAGAAAAGUCCUGGAACGAAAGCUGUGGCUUUGAGUGGAAUUAUGAGACCUUCCAAGAGCCAGGGAUCCGAGAGAAGCUGCGUCAGAGCGUCAUCGAGCUUCUCGAUGGUCACCCGGCGUUGGAACUCCUCCUAUGGAUGACAGAGCUCGAUCCCGCCAAUCGUCCCACCGCCGCGCAGAUCAUGAACCACCCAUGGUUCGCGGGCACGAUCAAGUGGAAGAUACUCUUUGAUGAGCCUGGUGUUUCCCAACACGAGCAUUGGUUCCUGCCGGAGUACAACGCGCCGGGCGCCGCGUCUCCCCGCCACUCCACCUUCGAGGCGACCCGGUUAUCGAACAUGAUGAUACAGAAGAAACGCUCUCCAGAAGAGGAGUAUGUGCGAUCGUACACGGAAGAACAGCUCAAGAUGUACGACGUCGACCCGCAUGCGUUCGCCUGGGCUCUGCCACCGCCGUAG